AUGAUCAAAUCAUUCGAACCGACGAUCAGAUCCAUUCGAUUCAAAUCCACCACACAAACUUCAUCAGCAACUCUAAUUCAAACAAAAGAAAAUAGUCCAACAACUUCUCCCAUGAAAUCAAAAGCAAUUUCAACUCUUUGUUGCCACUCCAACAACGACCAACAACAACAACAACAACACAUGAUCUCUUCCAUUCAAAGUAAUCAUCAUCAUCAUUCAAAUAGCUCUUGGGAAAGUUCCUCUUCGGACUAUCAACCUCCUCUCGAGGAGAAUAAGACUCAUCACUCUUCUUCAAAGAGUUUCUCUCAUGUACGGACCAAGCAUCAACAACAAGUAACGAACAAGUCCUUCAUGAAACAACAACAACAACAACAUGAUGAACCCUGUCUUCUCGUUGAGACCUCUUCAUCUGUUCAUUCUACUUUGACUACUGCUACCUCAACCACCUCCCAUUCAACCACCAUUCAUGAAGAUUCUGCAGGAGACCGACAAGAAGAGACUUCUUCAUCCUUUGAAUCUUCAGAAGCAGCAGUCGCCAACGCCUCCACAAUUGCUACUACUACUACUCCUCCUCAUCAAUGCCUUUUCAACUCGAAUGCCUCAACUCCAACCACCACCUCUUGUUUAAACUCCGCAAGUGUCCAUUCGGACUCUUCCUCUCUCAAGAGAAUUCCCUUAAAUCCUUCAUUUGCCACUCGUGUUUCCUUUACUCUCGCUCAUUGGGUGCAACUCAUUGGACUCACUGCCCUUCAAUUGACCACCUCUCCGAAUGUGAUACCUGUUUCCGUGUUGGGACAGUAUUUACUGGUCCUUCUCUAUUCGUGGUACUUUUUAGAUUGGUUUUCCUUCCUCCUUGUGAGUGUCACUUGUCUCGUGGGAGUCUUCUUGGGUCGAAAAUACAUCAAAGUCUUUUCACGAGAAAAUCACACGGUUGCCACAACGUUGAAUGACGAAAGAAAUCGACUCGUGUUCUGCUUGAUCAUCUUCUCCAUUCGCUACUAUUAUCUUUCGAGCAUGAAAAUCGUGAUCAUUCCAUUGUAUUUUGUUUCAGUCAUGACGACCACCAUUUUGAGAAGGAACAGCGUGUGGUGGUCAGUGGCUCCCAUGUUGUUUGUGUGUUCACAAUUCUUGAUGGACAUUACUUCUCAAUUUCUAAGGGAAGGAUGGAAUGAGAGAACAGUUCAUGUGUUCACAGAGAACAUGUCCUUUGUGAUUGUCAUUUUCUUGUUUACUUUCUUUACCAUAACGACAGGAAUGAAUUUAAAGAGCAAACUCAACAAGUUGGAACAAACAAGUGAACAAUUAGAGCAAGCGUUGAGUGCUAAACAAACAUUUUUGAGACACAUUAGUCAUGAAUUUCGAACUCCAUGUCUUUCUUCAUUGGGAAGUGUUGAAUUGUUGAAAGAGACCUCUCUCACGGAUUAUCAGAGAGAUUUAGUGGAGACAAUUGCAUCAGCAGAUGGAAUUUUAUUGAACCUCAUUGAAGACAUUUUAACUUUGGCGAAAAUUGAACAUGAAAAAAAGUUGGAAGAAAAAGAAGAAAUUGUGGACACUUCGAAAUAUGUUCAAGAAUUUAGUUUGGGACAUUGUGUGAAAAUGAUUGGAAAUAUUAUUAAGAGUUAUUCAACACAAUUUAAUGUGAAUGUUUUGGUCAAGAUUGAUGAUGUGACCAAAGAUAUUGUAGUUCGAGCCAAUCAAACAAGAAUUCAUCAAAUUAUUUCAAAUUUAAUGACCAAUGCAGUGAAAGCAUCAAAAUCAGGAGAUGAUGUUGAAUUGAUUUGUGAAACGAAUUGCAAUGAAAAGAAAUUGGUGAAUGGAGUGAUGGAACAAGAUGUCAUUUUCAAAGUGAAAGAUCGAGGUGUUGGAAUUCCAAAAGAGAAACAACAAGUCAUCUUUGAACCCUUCUCUCAAUUACACAAUGUCAAUGAAUCGAUUUAUCCAAGCUCAGGACUUGGAUUGAACACUGUCUUGCACAAUGUCACUUCCAUGAGAGGAACCAUUCAUUUGGAAUCUGAGGUUGGAAAAGGUUCAGAAUUCACAAUCACACUACCACUUGAAAUCGUUCCUCCAUCCUCAUCUUCCUCCCUCCACAAUAGUCCCACCAGUAGUUCCAAUGACGAAUGUAUGAAACGACUCUCGAGUCCAUGUUUUGAAUCACAUGUCGAUAUAGAUCCUUCUCUCAAAAAACAACUCACCAUUCAAGAGAAUUAUCUGAAAUUGUUUGCUACUUCGGAUCGAACAGUGGUGUCAAAAAACAAUGCGCAAAUCAUCAUUGCAGAUGACAAUGCCAUCAAUAGGAAGGUCAUUGUAAAGCUCAUUGAGAGUCUUGGUUUUGAAACUGAUGCGGUAUGUGACGGAAAACAACUCAUUGAAAACAUUGACGAGAGACGUCACAAAUUAGUGUUCACUGAUAUUAACAUGCCAAAUUUAAAUGGUCUGGAGGCAGCGAAAUAUAUUAAGGACAAAUUCAAAGACAAAAUUCACAUUGUUGCCUUAACUGGAGAUGUUCUGCUUGAGACUCCUCCCUCCAUCUUUGACUCUGUCAUUGCUAAACCUUGUCGAAAGGCAACUCUCAAAAAGUGUAUUGAAAGCAUACCUUCCUUAGUUCCAUGCAAGAGUGCUGAAGAAUAA